AAAAUUAACCUAACCUAAAAAAAUCAUUGGCAUAACCUACUAUUUGUGUCUAAUCCUAACACGUUCUGUAAAAAUUCGCAUCUCUUGUUCUUUUUGCAGCUUAACGUGUUAUGUUUAAUGCGAUUUGAGCUACGUCUAAAUAUAUAUAUAUAUAUAUAUAUAUAUCUAUAAUCUGUGUACCUUAUUUGUGAUAUCAUAACCAAACAAAAAUUAUUUUAAAAUAUUAAAAUUUGGUUGCAUAAUUAUUAAAUUACAUUAAACAAAUAACUUAAACAAAAUAUAACUAUAAAAUAUAACGAUAACUGGUUUGGGAUUACGUGAAGCGAUUACCUAAUCGAGAACAGCGCCAGAAUGGAUUACGCAAUACUUGCGAGCAAUGCACUGUGAAAAUGCAACACCUUUCGGCUACAACAACAGAAACAACGAAUAGCAACAACAACAGUUGCAUGGCGUCCCACUGAAGCUUCCCCCCACUCAGCCAGAGCCAGAACGAACCAACCAAAAUUGAGUUAUAAAAUUUGUUGUUGACUGCUGCAAAAUUGGCCGCCUGCUGAUUCGACACGCCCAAAAGUACAGCGCUCAGCCGCCGUGAAGUAGGCAACAAAAUAUUUAUGCGCACAAACGAUAACAACAGCAACAACAACAACAAGUGAGAGCAGUCAGUGAACAAAAACAAAAAGUCCAUCAACCAGCCGCAUCAUGAAGGGCUUGACGGCGUUUAAGGAGAAGGCGACGGGCGUUUUCAGCGGCCUCAAGCCGAAUAUGGAGAAGUUCGAGAUAUCGCAGAGCUAUCAUAGCGGACACGGUGGCUAUGAGGAAAUGGAGGGCGCCGAGCGCGAGGGACGCGGCCCCGGCGGCGGACAUGCCUAUGACGACGACGACGAUCGACCGGACUCGCCCGCCUCCUUCGAGGAGAUCGAACGGCCGCCGCUGCGCAAAAUCGACAAGUACUGCAAGGCGGAAUGCCCCUGCAUGCCGGCACGGUACACCAUCGCUACAAUGGCCUGCGUGGGAUUCAUGAUUGCCUUCGGCAUGCGUUGCAACAUGUCAGCCGCCAAGCUUAAAGGCGAGCACAAUGGGACUGUCUUUAUGAACUGGACGGUUGCUGUGGAAAGCCAUGUGGAUUCAUCCUUCUUCUGGGGCUAUCUGGUUACACAAAUACCCGGCGGUUUUAUUGCAUCCAAGUUUCCGGCGAACAAGAUUUUCGGGCUGUCGAUUGUCAGCUCCGCCUCGCUGCAUCUGUUUGUGCCCUUCGCGAUGACUCUGAUGCACGGCCAUGUGGUCAUAUGUGUGCGCGUGCUGCAAGGACUCUUUGAGGGUGUAACAUAUCCAGCUUGUCACGGCAUUUGGCGCUUCUGGGCGCCACCCAUGGAGCGCUCCCGCCUGGCCACAUUGGCCUUCUCCGGUUCGUAUGCGGGCGUCGUUGUGGGUCUGCCGCUGUCCGGGCUGCUGGCCGAUGCCGUUAGCUAUCAGGCGCCCUUCUAUGCGUAUGGCGCAUUUGGCAUCAUUUGGUACAUGUUCUGGAUCUGGCUGUGCUUUGAGAAUCCGCGCAAGCAUCCCGCCAUUAGCAUACCCGAACUGAAGUAUAUUGAGAAGUCGCUGGGCGAAUCGGCGCAUCCGACGAUGCCGUCGUUCAAGACAACUCCGUGGCGUCAAAUAAUGCGCUCCAUGCCCGUCUAUGCGAUAAUAGUGGCAAAUUUUUGCCGCUCCUGGAACUUUUAUUUGCUGGUGCUGUUUCAGUCGUCGUUUCUCAAGCACAAGUUUGGCUUUAAGGUAGAGGAGGCGGGAUUUGUGGGCUCGUUGCCCCAUUUGAUAAUGACCACAAUUGUGCCCUUUGGCGGCAUGUUGGCGGAUCAUUUGCGCAAAAAUGGCAUACUCUCUACGACGAAUGUGCGCAAGCUCUUCAACUGUGGCGGCUUUGGCAUGGAGGGUCUAUUCUUUCUAUUUGUCGCGCAUUCCUCCACGGCGACGGGCGCUAUGUUUGCGCUGACCUGCGGCGUCGCCUUCAGCGGCUUUGCCAUAUCCGGCUACAAUGUGAAUCAUUUGGAUAUUGCGCCUCGAUAUGCGAGCAUCCUGAUGGGCUUAUCCAAUGGCAUUGGCACCUUGGCUGGCAUCAUAGUGCCCUAUGCGCUGGACGGGCUCAUCCAAGCGAAUCCCACGGGUUGCUGGACUACGGUGUUUACACUUGCCGCUUGUGUUCAUCUGAUUGGCUGCACUUUCUAUGGCAUUUUUGCCUCCGGCGAGCUGCAGCCAUGGGCCGAGCCGCCGCCUGAGGAGCAGCAGGUCUGGGCGCCUCCAGCGGGCGCCAUAACACACGAUGAUCCCAGCCAGGCGGGCAUGCUGGGCACCUACAUGAAGGAGACACAAUUUGGCGCACCGGAAUAUACGGAGCAGAGCCAAAUGCAGCAACCGAAUGCCAUUAGCUAUGGCGCCACCGGGCACGUGGCCAACAAUCCAUUUGCAUUGGCGGCGUCUGCACCCAUUGCCGAGGAGCCCGCCCAGCCGCCGUAUGUGGACAAUGCCUACGACUACACGCAAGGACAAAUGCCGCCCUCAACGAAUCCCUACGAGCAGCCGGCCUAUCAGCAGCAGUAAGAGAAUCAAUGCCACAAUCUGAUCUAACUUAGCUUUUAGUUCUAGUCCAAAAGCCGUUUAUUGUUUGUUCCUGAUGGGGUUGAUUUGUAUAUAAGAUACUAUACGCGAUAUAUUUAACUGAAAGACCAUUAACUGUUCAGCAACUUUUCAGGCCGAGUCUAACGAAUUUCUACAUAAACAAAAAACGAAACAAAACAAAAC